AUGGCUUCCGUGUCCCGCCAACCGUUUGCUCCCCUCGAUGGUGCUCGUCUACAGAACUUGACGAGCAUCAAGAACCGUCAGAAUGCCAUACCCAACUCGCCCGCCGUCUCCAAGCGCAAGGCUGAAUUGAUUGAUACCACUGGCGAUUCCGAGAAUGUUGACCCCAUCUUCAUCAAGCGCCCCAAAGCCGCCAAGACGUCAUCCAAGUUCUCUUCCAAAGAUGACAUUCUCAAGCCCUCGUCCAACUAUGUUCUCAAGACCGUGGUCACUCCCAAGCCGCUGCUGUCUUCGUCCCUGACUUCCUCAGCUGGCCUCACUGCUACUUCCGCCCCUCGCCGUACUCUCCAGCCCAAGUCCCCUACCGCCAGGCUCAAUACUGCCUCCAUCUCCAAGUCUUCUCCCUUGUCCGCCCCCGCGGGCCGCUCGCCACCCCGCGGCAAGCGCCCUGGCAUUCUCUCGAGCCGUAGGCGUACCGCCGGUCCCUUCUCCCGCGUCGAUCCUCCCUCGUUCAACACGGCAGGAGGCGCCCCAUUCUCACUCGACGCUGCCCUCAAGGGCACCAUCCCCAGCUACGUCUCACGCCCGUUGCAGUCGACCAAGCCUAAGCCCAAGGCCGCUUCCUCCUCCAGCAGCAUCAAGUACGAUUCCGAGAUGAUGAAGUCGAACUGGUUCUUCGACAUCCACGAAGACACUGUCGAGCAGGAGAUGACCAACCUUCUCCAGCACAGCACCUGCGUCCUCGACAUCUCGUCGGACGAGGAGUCUGCCAAGCGUGCCCGCCGCGAGGACUGUGAGGACAAGGAGAACGUCCCACCCGUCGAUGACGUCUCGCAGACGUCGGCUCGCGCCCAGGCUAGGCUGCGCCAACAACCCCAGGAGGGUGACAUGGUUGUUGACAAGGAGCGCGUCGCUCUGGGCGAGAUGAAGGCUGCAGACUUUUACGCCGAUGGCUGCGAUGAGACGUCGGUCAUCAUCGUCCCCGGCGACGAGGAGGGCAACGAUAAUAACCUCCCCCAGACCACAAACCAGCAGGAGACGCCCCAAACCGAGCAGGAGCUUCAGAAGAACGACGAGCCCACCGCCGCUCAAGAUUAUCAGCCCUCUCCCGGUCCCCAGGCCCCAUCGGACGAGGGCCUUGAGCCCACCGCUGAGGUGAUGUUGACGGAAGAGCAGUCUGUCGAGCAGUCUGUCAGUGCCAUCAUGGCCCCCUCGCAGGCUGGACCGUUCCCCAACAGCAGUACGGCAGCAGUCCUGGUACCCAUGGAGGGGACGGGCGAGAGUUUUGAGCUGUGGGAGAGCAGCAGUGCUAAGGGUGAGCAGGAGCCUGUUCUCCAGCUGUCGUCGUGA